GUCACUGGAGCUCACAUACGAGAUGGAAACGGUCACCGGCGGCUCUCUGAGUGAGUGAGACACGCACACUUUUGGUUGGACGUUCGGUGAUUGUUCAAGGCAUCCACCAAGAUGGCCGCCCGUGCACCACUUAGUCACCUAUCGAUGGCCAUCCCUGACCUACGUCAUAUGCACUCUCACCUAUUUCUCUAUCUGUCUGUCUGUCUGUCUGCCUAAUAUAUCCUCUCUCACUGUCGUCAUCUCCACCUGCCCUCCUCCCUCCUGUCUGCUCCCGCAUCCCCUCUGUCCUUGUGUGUUAUCUGCCGCACCAGAGACGGCCGUGCGAUUGCCAUCGCCUCCUCCCGGGUGCUUUGCCUCCGGAUGGCCGAGUUCCGCCUCUGUCGCCUCGACGCCCGCCGCUGCUUGUCCUGCCGCACCAGCAGCUGGCGCGUCGCGCGCGGCAUCGUACCCAUGGACCCCGCUCUUCGGCGAGGGUCGGGGUGGGGCUGGUGGACGAUUGACGAGCUGUCGGUCGUUCUCUCCUGCACCGGAAGCCGCUGGUAGUGCUGCUGUGCAGGAGGGUGGUAGUGCUGCAGGUGGGGAUGAUCCUUCUGCAGCAUGGCAAGGCGUGACGGUGGGUGCGGCGAAGGGGUUGGUGUCCUUCGAGUGUGCGGCAU